GCAAAUGAAUUCCCUGAUCCCAAAGCGACUUUGUUGAAGGCGAGGUGCUGCUACUUAAUUUCAUCAAACAAACAAAAAUUGCACUCAGCAAGUUUUCGCCGCUGGGAGGAAAAGGAUAAAAAUUAACCAGCUAUCCAAGAGACACGGAGAAGGUUGUAAAGAAAGGCCUAAUUUAUAGGCACAGAUUGAUCUCUAUUUGGAGGAGAUUGAAGAUGGACUGGAAAAGUGUGCUGCUGCUCUUGUUAUAUUACAGUGUUCAUGCCACUGUGCCCCCAAGGUGGAACCGAGCGAUGUUUUUCCCAUCUGCUCAUCGAGUGAAGAGGUCCUCAGCUGCUCUCCUCAACCCAGUGCUUCAGAAGUCUCAAGAUGACGUGGACCUUCUAUUUGAGUUUCUUCUAGGUGAGCUGGAAAUCAACAAUGACCUAAAGAUCUCUGUCAAAGACAAGGAAUUGGCUUCAUUGAGGAAGGCGGUGGCAUUCGACACUUUGUGCAAUGAUGUUAUCCCCAAAAGCGUCACGGAUAUUCGCCGACUGAAUGCCCGGCUGUCAGGCUACCCUGGAAUGCUAAAGCGGGAGGAUUUUGAAAGGACAGUGUUGACCAUGGUCUAUGCAGCAUAUAGAGCAGCUCAAUCCCAAGGACAUCAGAAAGACACCUGGGCAGAAUCCUUUGUGAAUCUCUACAAGGCCCUGAAGCAUGACUUGAUGUCUUCAUCCAGCCAAACAUCAUCAUCUCAAAGGACUUGAUAGACCAGAAAUUCACUUUGAUAGGAAGCACAUUUGCCUCUUUGCUUUGUAAAAAGAAGAAGAAAAAGUUUAGGACUGCAGGAACAGAAAGUUUCUUUAUUCUCUAGCUCCUCCUAGAGGGUACCUCUUAUA